AUGUCGACGCCAUUGUUGUUAUCACCAUCGCAGCUGCAGCAGUUGCUGCCUUCUACUGAUACCAAACAUGUAUCGAUCCUGGACUCUAGCUGGUUCAUGCCUAAUUCCCCGCGGAAGGCCAACGAGGAGUUCCAGGAGAAGCGCAUCCCUGGUGCGCAGUUUUUAGACCUUGAUGAAGUGUCCUCUCCCCAUGAACUUGGCCUCAAACAUAUGAUUCCGAGUGAACGUCACUUUGCCGAUGCUUGCGAGGCCUUCGGAAUCGAGCCCACUUCUCAUGUAAUUUUAUAUGAUACGCAUGGAGUAUUUUCAUCACCACGUGCACUCUUCAUGUUUAGAGCGUUUGGCCACGAGAAAUCGAGUAUCCUCGACGGAGGUCUGCCACGUUGGGAGGCAGAGGGUUUUCCAAUUGAGGCUAACGCGCCGGCUUGUGCUAGUAAAUCCGUUUAUCCCACUCCUGUCUUCGAUAAGGGAAUGGUACGGUCCUACGAUCAAAUGGUGACAAACUCAUUUACGGAUCUUCACUCGGAGCCAGCCGUCGAGCUUGUCAUUGACGCUCGUUCCCGUGGUCGAUUCCUAGGCACAGACCCAGAACCGCGGCCAGGCUUAUCAUCCGGUCACAUUCCUCAUUCGUUCUCCUUGCCAUUCACUGCAUUCCUGCAGACUCGUACCAUCCCUAAUUCUUCCGUACAAUACACCACUUUCCUAUCCCUUCCGGAUUUACGGAAUGCAUUGGUGAGUCACGUAGGCGAUCACGCGGAAGCCGUUAUACAAGGAAAACGACCAAUUAUCACAUCUUGUGGAAGUGGUAUGACUGCGGGAGUCCUCUGGUUAGGACUGAAGUUAUUGGAUGUUCCAAAUGUGGCAUUGUAUGAUGAGUCUUGGACCGGAUAUGCGAGUCGGGAAUCUAGCAAGAUUGAGAAGGCGGAAAACUGA